CACAUCAUAAGCUGUGAGAUCGAAAAAAGAAAUAAGAAAUGACUAAUAAUCUGACGGAUCAGGAAGAAGAAGCAGAAGCAGAAGCAGCAGCAACUCUCCUUGCAAUGCAAGCAGAAGCGACGGAUCAGGAAGCAGAAGCAGAAGCAGCAGCAACUCUCCUUGCAAUGGCCACUUUGUUUCAGAAUAUCCAAAAAAAAAAAAAAAAAAAACAUAGAAAAGGAAAAAAAAAAAGAAAAGAAAAAAAGGAAAAAAAAUCUACAAAAUAAAGUCUUCCAUCAGUUUAUAGGACAAACUUUCUUUUCUUCUGAGGGAACAGUCUUUCUCACUAGGCUCUACUUUUAUUGCUCUCAUAUUUGAUUGAUUGAAAUCAUGAAGCUAGUUUAUAGUAAGAGUAGUAGAAUUUUGAAUAGCUAACUAACCUAUCUUCUAAUCAAUGUUAGUUAGUUUGAUUGUCUGUUAAAUUUGACCUUUUCCUUUGAGUGACUUUUUGCUUUCCAACUCCAUGAGAGAAAUCCUUUGCCUUAAAUAGUUACUAUCGCAUGAGGAUAUGGAAUUGAGACUUUUACUUUGAUUAAUUCUCAAGGCUAUAUAUGUUGUGGUUUGUGGUGUGAAGGUUAUGCUUAGUUCACACACACUUUUGGAAGUUAUAAUUGAAGUAAUCUUGAUAGCAACUGUGAUCUUUUUCCAAAUACCUAGGUAGUCUUGUUAGAUAUCCAUUUGAGUUAAUCAACAUGCUUUCUUUUUUAAUUCACGCUUGAAUUGCUAGAGACUAGCAAUAAACUGGUUGGGGGUUG